CAAAGUUAUGUUUACACUCCGCUUCGGCAACACCCGACACUGACUGGGCGAUCGUCAGUCACUAGUCAUUAAUGGGACCGGCAUAUAAUGUCUUCUAAUAUUUUGAGACGCAUCCUCACAAAUGCACGAGUUUUCUCGACCGGACCCCCUCCCACUUCCCGUUCGCCACACCGCUACCUCCGAACACUAGGCCUUGGCGGUUCCGUCGCCAUCACCGGCUACACCCUUGGCGCCUUCUACCCGCACCCUUAUAUUACCUUCAUCUCCCCACGGCCAGCCCCAGCGCCCCCUGACCCUGAUUCCCCGCAAUCAAUUAUAUACACCGCAACACUCGAACAAACCCUACAAACCCUCCCACUCCUCACGUCCCACCGUGCUCAGCCCGACGCCCACGAGUGGUAUGAGAGCCGCCCUUAUGCUAAUUACCCAGAGCAGCUCCGCGUAAACAGCCUCACUGCAGGCGCACUUCGUGGCCCCGGAAAACUCGCGCUUCCACCUCUCGUACGCGCUAGGAAGGAUGAGAGUGAGGCUCUCGUCAUCAUGCAUGUAGGUCGGGGUGUGUGUGGCCAUGAUGGGAUAAUUCACGGUGGGCUACUGGCUACUAUUUUAGAUGAGAGUCUGGCGCGAACUGCGAUUAUCAAUUUACCGGAAAAGAUUGGCGUCACUGCCAACUUGUCCAUAAAUUAUCGCGCCCCGACCUUUGCGGAUCAGUUCAUCGUCGUCCGGAUUAGUUUAGUCGACAAGGCAGGUCGCAAAUCCAAGGUCACUGGCAAAGUAGAGGACCUCAAAGGCAACGUACUGGUCGAAGCGCACGCAACUUUCGUUCAACCCAAAUAUGCCCACCUACUCAAGAGCAAAGCUGUUCAACAAAUGAUGGGCGACCCCGAACCUGCUAGAUCAACUCCCGUACUCCUCAGCGAGGGCAUGCCGCCUCCCCCAUCCAAGGCAUAGAGCAAUUCAUACCAUUUAGUGACUCAUAUAGCAUACCGUUAGAGAUACCUGUAUCAUAGACCAACCCUAGAUGCAACUUACCGCGGAGGAUGCGACAAACUUGUUUCCAUUCCUCAAAGCACAAUCUCCACACACCGCCCGCGUUCUCUAUCAAUGCCAGCUAUGUCACACCUUCCAAAUGCUGCGUCAAGCCACCUGCGCUCCCUCUAACGGAACCCCACUCCAUUACCUUCAACAAGCCAGCGUAUUCAGACAUUGGGGAUCCGAAGAAGCCAUGCUGACGCCAAUAGCAACGCUACAGCAGUUAACAACGGGCG